AUGGAGGAGACACAGGGAAAGAAAAAUCGACAUACAAAGGUCGAUCGUCUUCUCUUCAUAGGAAAGCGGUGCCCCUCUCUUCAAAUAGAUGCCUAUAAACUAGCCUUGGCCGAAUUGCACAGAAACUCACUAGAUCAUAAUAAAUACCUCACUACAGCCGCUAAUUUAAAUGAAAUACUUAGUUCGCAAGGAAAACCUCUAUAUCAACUCGACUCUAGAUGGGUAGAUACAGCACAGAAACGAGCCAAAGCAAUUCUAGAGAGAUUGGAAGGAGAGUUGAAGAACUACAAGAAUAAUUUAAUAAAAGAGAGUAUAAGGAUGGGACAUAAAGACUUGGGUGAUCAUCAAUACGAAUGUGGCAAUUUGACGGGUGCAUUGAAAUGCUAUUCUCGAACGCGCGAUUACUGCACAUCAACCGAUCAUAUCAUAGACAUGUGUUUGAAUGUCAUCAAAGUCUCUAUAGAACUGGGCAAUUACUCGCAUGUACACAGCUAUGUGAUCAAAGCGGAAACGACCCCGGAUCUAAAAACAGUCGUGCAAGCAAAGCUAAAAGUAGCGGCUGCAUUGGCAAAUCUCGACGGUAACAAGUACAAAGUCGCGGCUCGAAAUUUCCUAGAGACUAGUUUUGAACUUGGAAAUAAUUAUUCAGAGGUUAUUGCACCAAACGAUGUAGCAGUAUAUGGAGGCUUGUGUGCGCUUGCUUCGUUUGAUCGAACGGAGCUCAAGAGCAAAGUCAUUGAUAAUAACGAAUUCAAGCAAUUUCUUGAACUCGAGCCUCACAUUCGCGAACUAAUUCAUGGAUUUUAUAAUUCAAAGUACUCGGCAGUACUUGACAUUAUGGAAAAGUGGAAGAACGAUUAUCUUCUAGACAUACAUUUACACAACCAUGUACAGACGCUGUACGAUAAUAUUCGUAAGAAAGCCCUAGUACAGUAUUUUAGCCCUUUCCUGACAGUGGAUAUGAACAAGAUGGCCCGGUCUUUUUCAACAAAUGUCCCAGCGUUAGAAAAAGAGCUUGCAAAAUUGAUCACUACUGGUCACAUUCAAGCAAGGAUUGACAGUCACAACAAGAUUUUAUGUGCGAAGCAGCAAGAUCAACGCAGCAACAUAUUCAUAAAGUCUCUUCGUAUGGGCAACGAGUAUGAGAGUAAUACCAAUGCGAUGCUCUUGCGGAUGAACCUCCUGAAGUCUAACCUUGUCGUUACAAGGGAAUCAAGGUAA